CGCAAGCAGCGUCACCGUCUCCAAGGAGCGGUCCGGGGCACCGGUUUCAAAGUCGCAGGGCGGGCCGAGUGGACUUCCGCUGUUGGCCCCGGGCUUCCCGGCCGUCCUGGCGUCGCUCCCCGCUCUGCGAAGGACACCGCCACCGGGCUGUCUGCCGGCUACCUCGACGUUCGCCUAGGUGUCUAGGCACGAUCCCGAGUCACUCGUGGGACUUGUGUACCAGCCCGUGUCCCCUUCCGCCACUGGUCGGAUUCGGGUGAACGUGGGACAGGAUACACUUGGCGCACCCCCAGCAAACCUGAAAUCUGAAGUCUCGCGCUUGGGCGAGGGACUCGGCUGUGAUUCGGGAGAAGGAGGCGAAGCGGAGCUGUCGACUCUGCGUGAGGAGGCUGCUGAUUACACCGCUGGAGUGCUUGACAACCUCCGAAGCGUUACCUUAGUUUUGUUUUCCCGGACAGCGAGCCCUGUGUCUUUUUUAAGGAAGGCAAAGGUGUUGAAAGCUCCAAACUAAAAUUGGAUCGAUAUGGCCACAGAAAUCGACUUUCUAAGAGAUCAGAAUCAGAGACUAAAUGCAGUUCUCAGGCGGUAUCAAAUGGAAAAUUUUUCUAAAUAUUCAUCUGUGCAGGAAGCUGUCUUCAAAGAAGAUGGAGAUGACAUUUUAGGAAACUCAGUAGUUGACCAAAGCUUUUUAGCUCCUCUUAUUACUGAGUAUGAUAAGCAUCUGGAAGAGCUAAAUGAGCAGCUGAAAUAUUAUCAGAAACAGAUGGGUGAGAUGAAACUACAACUUGAAAAUGUCAUCAAGGAAAAUGAAAGGUUACAUGGUGAAUUAAAAGAUGCUGUUGAAAAGCAAUUGGAGACCCUUCCCUUUGACACAGAGAUGGGGAAUGAUAUAUAUACAGAUGAUGAAACAGUCAGGAACCUUCAAGAACAAUUGCAACUAGCCAAUCAGGAAAAAACCCAGGCAGUGGAACUCUGGCAGACAGUUUCUCGGGAGCUGGAUAGACUCCAGAAACUUUACCAGGAACAUAUAACUGAGGCUCAGAUUCAUAUAGUUGAAAGUCAAAAGCAAAAGGAUCAGCUGACUAAUUUUCAACACCUGACCAAACAACUUCACGUUACCAAUGAGAACAUAGAAAUGACCAACCAACACUUUCUGAAAACAGUAACUGAACAAAAUACGGAAAUCGAGCAACUAAGAAAACAACUUAGGCAAGCCAAGUUAGAUCUGAGAGUUGCAGCAGCAAAAGUAGAAGAGUUAACCAAAGUGACUGAAGAUCUUCAAGGACAGAUACAAAAGAAGGAGGAGGAUAUGGUGUCUGCCCAAGGAAGAGAGGAAGCAUCAGAUAGGCGCUUACAGCAGUUACAAUCUAGUAUAAAACAAUUAGAAACAAGAUUAUGUGUGGCGAUCCAAGAAGCCAAUCAGUUAAGAGCAGAGAAAACACAUCUGGAAAAACACAGCAGAGAGUUACAAGCAAAGUGCACUGAAUUAGAGAAUGACAAAUUUGAAGCUAUUGUAAGAGCCAGAAAUAGCAUACAACUCUUAGAAGAAGCUAACCUUCAAAAAAAUCAGGCCCUGCUUGAAGAGAAGCAAAAAGAAGAAGAUAUAGAGAAAAUGAAAGAAACAGUUUCUCGGCUUGUACAAGACGCUGCCGUAAGAACCAGGAAAGAAGUUGCAAACACAAGAAAACAAUAUAAUGUACAGAUUUCUCGAUUAACAGAAGAACUUUCAGCCCUUCAGAUGGAGUGUGCCGAAAAACAAGGCCAAAUUGAACGAGCUAUUAGGGAGAAAAAAGCUGUGGAAGAAGAGCUAGAAAAGAUUUACCGUGAGGGCAGAGGAAAUGAAAGUGAUUACAGAAAACUGGAAGAAAUGCACCAAAGAUGCCUGACUUCAGAGCGUUCAAAAGAUGACCUUCAGCUAAGACUUAAAACAGCAGAAAAUAGAAUCAAACAACUUGAAAUAACUUCCUCGGAAGAGAUAUCACGUUGCCAAGAAAUGAUUCAGAAACUUCAAAAUGUUUUGGAGUCUGAGAGAGAGAACUGUGGAUUUGUCAGUGAACAAAGGCUGAAACUUCAGCAAGAAAAUGAACAGCUACAGAAGGAGACUGAGAAUUUAAGAAAGAUUGCUCUGGAGGCUCAAAAGAAAGCCAAACUAAAGAUCAGUAAAAUGGAACAUGAGUUUUCCAUAAAGGAACAUGGAUUUGAAGUUCAGUUGAGAGAGAUGGAAGAUAGUAAUCGAAAUUCCACGGUUGAAUUGAGGCAUCUCUUAGUGACUCAGCAGAAGGCAACCAAUAGGUGGAAAGAAGAAGCAAAGAAACUUACUGAAAGUGCAGAAACGAGGAUCAGUAACCUAAAAUCACUCUGGCUGCUGUAUGAAGAAUGAAAGUGAGUAGAAAAACUGAGGAACCACCAUCAAGAGAGUGAAAGUAUAACCCACAGAAUGGGAGAAAAUAUUUGGAAAUUCUAUGUCUAAGAGACUUGUAUCUAGACUAUAUUAAAAACUCUUCUAACUCAAUAAUAGAAAGACAAAUAACCCAGUUUAGAAAUGGGCAAAGGAUUUGAGUAGACAUUUUUCCAAAAAAGAUAAACCAAUGACUAAUGUGCAUGUAAAAAGAUGCCACCCACCACUAGUCAUCAGGGAAAUGCAAAUCAAAACCACAGUGAGAUACCACUUUACACUUAAUAACAAGUGUUCGAACCCUCAUUCACUGGUGAUGAGAGUGUAAAAUGGUACAGCCACUUUGGAAAGCAGUCUGACAAUUACUCAAAAUAUUAUUCAUAGAGUUACCAUAAAAAAUAAAAAGUUGCCAUCGAGUCAGUUCUGACUCAUAGUGACCCUAUUAGACUUUAAUCUUUACAGGAGCAGACUGCCACAUCUUUCUCCCACCACCAAUCUUUUGGUUAGCAGCUGAGUGCUUAACCACUGUGCCAUCAGGGCUCCUAUAGAGUACGAUCCAGCAAUUCCAUUCCCUAGGUAUAUACCCACCAAAAAUUGAACACAGGUAUUCACACAAAAACUUGUACACUAAUGUUUACAGCAGCAUUUUUUAUAAUAGCUGAAAGGUGGAAACAACCCAGAUGUCCAUCAGCUGAGAAAUGGAUAAACAAAAUGUGGCAUAUCCAUACAAUAGAAAUUAUUAUCUAGCCAUAAGAGCAUGUACUAAUACAUAUUACAACUUGGAAGAAUCUUGAAAACAUUAUGCUGAGUGAAAUAAGUGAGGCACAAAAGACCACGUAUUCUGUGAUUCCGUUCAUAUGGAAUGUCCAGAAAAGGGAAUCUGUAGAGAUAGAAAGUAGAUUACUGCUUGAUUAAGGCUAGGGAGGAUAGGAGGGUGGAUAGUUACAGGGUACAGGGUUUCUCUCUCAGGUGAUGAAAAUAUUCUAAAAUCAACUGUGAUGACAGUUACACAUAUCUGUGAAUAUAUUAAAAAACAUUGAAUCAUAUACUUUAAAUGAUUGAAUUGUAUGGUAUGUGGAUUACAUCUCAAUAAAGCUGUUUUUUUUAAAAGGUAGGAACCAGUCAGAAAUCUGUUUGAAGAGUCUUGUUAAGAGAUGAUGUUGGCUUAGGCUAAGAUGAAAGAGAAAUUGGAUUGAUCAGGGAUCUUUUUUUAUUAGAGGUGAUAGAGCUUGUUGAUGGAUCGCUCGAGGAGUAUGAAGAAAAAGACAGGAGUCAAGCAUGAUUCUACUGGUGGUUUGAAGUCCUGUUUUUUUUCUAGGGAUGUCCUUCUAGGGGUGUUCUUUCCCCAGCUGGAAAAAUUAUUUUCUUCCUUCCAAACCCAAAUGAAAUAUUUUUUCCCUAAGACAUUCCUCAUUUCCCUCAAAAGAUCUUUCCUUUCCCUGUGCUCCCAUACCACUCUGCUCAUUCCUCUGUUAUGGCACUUAUUGAAUUGUUGUGUAGCUUCCCUUUACAUCUUUCUCACAAGGCUAUGAGCUAACAUCUUGCGUAGCAUACAGGUGUUCCAUAAAAUUUAUUGAGUGAAUAAAUGGGUGAAUGAAUAUACAAUAUUCAUCAUUUUUAUAUUAAACUAUAGUACAUUUUAUAUUAUUUUUAUAUUAUUACGAAAAAUGAAUUGCACAGCAUUUGAGCCUAAGAAGUUCUUUUCAACCUCUAAAACAUUAUUCUUGGCUGUACAUCGGUAAUAUUUGGCUGUCAUAACUGCUUUUUGAAAAAAAAAAGAUCCCUUUUUUCCUAAUUAACAGGAUGAGAGGCAGCUGCAGGUACUGGCAGAUUACAAAAUGCGUAAUUACUAAAAGUAACUGAAGCAUAUUAUAGUAUAAUUCAACAGGAAAAAAAAACAUCUGGCACAUGCUAUGUUAAUUUGUCAUAUGAGAAUCUAAGAAAGCACUUGCCGCAGCUGGCAGAUCCAUCAUUUCCCCGAAGUGAAUAGUACACCUUUUGUUUUUGAUUCUCUUGUAUAAUAUAGAAUAGAGCUUUAUAUGAUUUAAUCUUCAGUCAUCACCAGAAAGAUUUCAUGCAUUGAGGGCAUUUUCCCUGUGUUGUAUCAGUGAAAUUCUGCAUGGCUCAUGCUUAACUUAAACUGUGUGCUUCAGUAAUAACAGGCUGAUCUGAGCAGUUACAGUAAUUAAUUGCAAUGUCUGAGAUUUUGGCCCAGAUUUAAACCUUUCAUCCUGUCUUCAGGUACUAUUGCUCUUUUAUUUGUUUUAUUUAAAGUAUUUGUGAUGUGGUGCAGUGGUUAAGCACUCAGGUGCUAACUAAAUGGUCGGCAGUUCAGAUCUACCAGCCACUCCUUGGAAACCUUACAGGCAGUUCUACUCUGUCCUAUAGGGUCACUGUGAGUCAGAAUCAACUUGAUGGCAACAGGUUUUUUUUACGGGUGAUGUUUUCAGAGAAACAAAUGCAUUGUAUGGAAAACCUUGCCUUACCCUCGUAACCAUACCUUGCAGUUACUAUAUGCAGGCAUUCCCUGGGUGGAGAACAAGAUCUGUUCCUAACUGGGUCUUUAAGUUGAAUUUAUAGGUAGGUCAGAACAGUUGCAUGCAGUUGGUUCUCACUUAGCCUUACUUUAGUGCAAGAAAAGGCUCAAAGCCUUUUCAGUGAUUUAAGAGCUGAACAUAAAGCAAGUGAGGUGAUUGUGACGAAGACUUUGUUGUGAGUAGGGGUUGUUUCAGUCAUUUCAAAGUAAGGGCAAGUUUACAUAACAUUAAAGGAAAUUAGAAGUUGUCCAUAAGUCAGACGUUUGUAACCUGGGGACUUACUGUAUGUCAGUGGUAUUAAGAAUCUAAGUACACUUAGAGUUUAAAUUCUCUCUGUCUGAUGGAUUAGGACAUCUAUUUCUAUGAUAGAAACAGGCAGCAAAGUGCUAAUUAUUACUAUAAAACAGCUUCUAAUACUAACCUUUUUGAAAUAACCUAUAUUACCAACUCCCUACUGAACAUUUCCUUCCACAGGUACUUCAAACUCAAUAUAUUCAAAACUAUCCGUCAUUUCACCCCAUCCCAAGUCUUUAUUUUGUCCUAUACUUCCCAUUUCCGUGAAUGAUAACACCAUCUACGCAGUUGUUCAAACAAAAGUCUGGUGUCAUUCUGAACUCCCUCUCACACCCGUGAAUCAAGGGCUAUAUAUUCUACCUCCUAAAUAUCCCUUGAAUCUGCCCGUUUCUCUCCAGUUGCUGUAGUUCAUGCUAUCAGCAUUGCUCGCCUGGAUUACUGCUGUAACUCCCUAAUUUGGCUACAUAAUCUUAUUUUCUUACAAUCUAUUUUUACCUCUGAUUUAUCAGAAUCAUCUGAUAUUCAAAUCUAAUUAUGUCAUUUUUCUGCCUAGAUACUUCAUUGCCUCCCUAGUGUAUUCAGAACAUAGUCUCAGUUUGCUAUCAUGCUGUAUAAAAGCCUCUGCAAUCAGCCUUUCUUUACAUUUCCAGCUUCUUUUUUCUCCCACCCUCACCUCCGUAUCACUCUGUGUCCCAUCUGUACUGAGCUGCUUUCAGUGUCCUAAACCUAUUGUCAAAUCUUAUUUUCUGCCUUCACACAUGGAUUUGAUUAUCUGGAACAUUCUUCUUUUCCUUCCCCUACUGUUGUCUGCCCAACUUCCAUUUGUCUUUCAUAUAUCAGCUUAAACACCUACUUCCUCUGAAAAGACAGCUCUAAUCCCCCAAGCCUCUAUAUGUAUUCCCAUAGCACCAUGAACUUUUUUUAGUAUUUAUCAUCUCUAUUGUAAACCUAGUAACUUUUUAGUAUUUCUAGUAGUCUGUAAGUUUGUCUAUGGCAGUGACUAGGUCUCCUUCCCCCUAGCACCUAGCAUAAUGUCUGGCAUGUAACACAGUCUUCAUUUCAAUAUUGUCAUAGUUAUCUAGUGCUACUGUAACUGAGAUACCUCAAGUGGAUAGCUUUUAACAAACAGAAAUUUAUUCCCUCAUAGUCUAGGAGGCUAGAAGUCUGAAUGCAGGUCGCCAGUUGCAGGGUAAAGCCUUCGCUCUCUUGUCGGCUCUGGGGGAAGUUCCUUGUCAAUAUUCACCUGAUAUAGGAGCUUCUCAGUGCAAGGACCUCAGGUCCAAAGGAUGCACUCCGCUCCUGGCUCUUCUUGCUUGGUGAUAAUGAUGUUCCUCUCCUUUCUGCUUGGUUCUCUGUUAUAAAAAGUUAGGAUUACAACAUAAUCAUAUCAGAUCACAAAAUGGUGGACAGUCACACCAUACUGGGUAAAUCAUGGCCUAGCCAAGUUGACACACAUUCUGGGGGAUACGAUCCAAUCCCUAACAAAUAUUUAUUGUAUGACUAAAUUGUGUAAGUCCCUAGUCAUAGACUAAAAUAGCACAUAAAACUAGAUGUUAUGAUAAAAAUUUGCCUGAUCAUUUAUAACUUUCUUCAAAUAACUCCUUAAAGUAAGCAUGCUAUAAAUGAUUUUUAUAAAUAAAGCUUUAUAACACAACCAUUGGUUUUCCUAGCAGUAGUCUCCCAAAUUUAUUGUACCACUUGAUGGCUGCUUAGAAAAUGUAAUCACUAAAUAAUCCCCUUGGUUCUAAUAUGAGAGCGAGUAGGUAGCUAAAACUUUGAAAAAGCAAGAUAUAGAAUAUUUGAAAUAUUACUAAUUGAAUGGACUACUUAACUGGUCCUCUGAAAUUAACUAAAAUUUACCUGCUGAAAACCACCUUCUCUGUGGCCAGGCAGUGUUCUAAGCAUCUUUGAGGUUUCAGUCUGGUGGGGAGAGAUAAAUAAUAAUAAGAUAAACCAACAAAUAAGAUAUUUCAGAUGUUUUAAGUGCUAUAAAGAAAAUAAAGGGGGCGGUGGAAUAGAAUAGACAGUAACAGGAAUGGGGUAGGGGCUGGAAGGGUUGCACUAUUUUAGAAAAAAUAGUCAGAAAAGCUAACAUUUAAAUAGAGACCUGAAAGAUGGAGAGAAAAAAAAAAUUAGCUAUGCAAAAAAAUCCAGGAAAAUAUUCCAGACAGAUAGAAGACCAGCAAGUACAAAGUUUCAGUGUUCAAAAGGAGGAGACUCUUGUCAUUAUAGUGAGUGAAAAGAAAGAAUGCUGUAAGGCUAAAGAGUGAGGCAAGAAUCAGAUCAUGAGAAUCUUGUAGACUAUUUCAAGUAGUUAAAGUCCCAAGUGCAGCAGUGGGGAAUUACUAGAGAAUUUUAACCAUCCUUUUUUUUUCUUUUAGAUUUUUUAAAAAGACCACUUUAGAUGUGUGUGGAGAAUAGACUAGAGAAGGGGGCAAAAGUGGAGUCAGGGAGACCAGAUAUUAGAGAAUUACUGUAUUCCAAGCAAUAGAUUAUAGUGGUUUAGAACAGAGUAUUUUCAGUGAAGAUGGAGAGAAGUGGGCAGUUUUGAAUGGACUAGUUAAGGAGGUAGGAUAGGACUUUAUGAUAAAUCAAAUACAGGACAUGAGGAAAAGGGAGGAAUUAAAGAUGACAUGUGAGCUUUUGACGAGCAGCCAGGUACAUGGCGAUGCCUUUACUGGGAAGGAGGAGACUUGGAAAGGAAUAGAUAAGAAGUUUCCGUUUUAGACAGGCUGCAUUCGAGAUGCUUAUUUUCCUAGUAGAUAUGUCAAGCAGGUUAUUGAUUAUACAAGUGAAGAGCUCAGGAGAAGGGGUCAGGCUAGAGAUACAAUGGUCGUAAGGUUGUAUUUACAGUCAUGGUCUGGAUAAUCACUUAGGGGGCCAGCGUAGAUAAAGGGAGAGAAAAAUCCUGGGACCAUGACCUUUAGUAUUUAGAGGUCUAAGAAUAUCAAAGUGGCCGAUCUGCCUGCUUCAACCUGUGUUAUUUUUAGUUAACUGAAUGAGAAAAGAUUUGAAAUCUCAGGAUGAAUUUCUUUUUUCAGUAGUCAGGUCUUUUGAAGCCACACGGACAGUUGAGAUCAUAAUAUUUGUAGUUACCAUUUUGCUACAUGCUAGGAUUAAAUAUCUAUUUUUUGAUUCAAGGGAUCUUCAUUUUGCCUUUUAGUUCUUGAUGUUAUGUGGUUAUUAUAUGCUUUACUAACACCUCUUGUAAUUGACUGGGCUUAAGAUAAGAGGCAAUGUGAUUUAGUUGAAAAAACAUUUUAAUUACAGACCGGGUAUGAAUCCCAUUUUUUUCAUUCAAUGACUGCAUGGCCUUAGGAACACUCAGUAACUUCCCUGAGUCUCAGUUCCUUAGCUUUUAACAUGAGAAUAAUAACUACUUUGCAGCCUUGAAGCAAAGAUUAAAGUACAGUAGCAAUCCUCUCAGCUCCAGUCAGUCAUCUCACCAGAUAAACCGGUGAACUAAAUUCCUGUGCAAAGCAUGCUAACCAGUGCCCAAGGCACCGUACGUUCCCCUACCUAGCUAUGUAUGCUCAAGACUCGUCUUCUCUCACUUGCUUCAAGGGUCAGUUGUGUUUGUUCCCAAACCAGGCUUGCCAGUUGUACUUAUUUUGGAAAUAUGUAGUUUAAUUGCACAUUAAAUAGACCAGUGAUACAUGAGUACAAAAAAAGAAAGUCAUUAUUUCUUUUAAAACUGAGCUGAAUGAAGGAUUUGCUAUUGAAUUAGGUGUAGACAAACCCACUCUAAAAGAAGAGAGGGAAUAUUGUAAAAAUACAGAAGAAUUUUUCAUUCAGGUUGCUUGCCAACCGCCUCUAAACUCUCGUACCACAUUAAUGAAACCAACACUGGAAAUAAUUGUAAAUGACACAUUAUUAAUAUGGUUUGUAUAAGAAAGACAUUAAAACAUUCCAAUUGGUGCACGCUUGCAAAAAAAAUAGAAAAAGUUUAUAUAUCCCAGACAGAGAGUCUUUAUCCUUCUUUAGAUCUCAGACCUCUUAGAGAAUAGGAUAAAAAAAAUCUAUGGACCCUCUUCCCAAAGGAGUACACAGACUUACAAGAUCUUGCUUAUAGUUUCAGAGUGUUUGUGGACAUUCCUUAGGUCCGUUCCUGAAGCCUAUCUGUGGGACCACAGAUUAAGAAUUCUUGCGUUAGGCUCUCAUCUUACACUUACUGCCACCUUGAAUUGUGGUGUUGCUGAUUUUAAACCUGAGGAAGUAAAGAAAGCAAACUGCAGUCAGGGUAGCAGAGAUACAUUCUUGAGUUUGCUGAAUAAUGUUAACAUUAACCCACAGAUGGUCUGAUUUGAUGACUCACCAUUAUUAAUUAUAAUAUCUUGUCUGUUAAAGCAUUUAAUGUUUUCUUAAUAGAUACAACAUACAUUGCUUUCUUUAUAAAUUUAUUUCAUAAAAUUUUGCUUACGCAGAGGUAGUAAAUCAAUUAUAUUUUACACUAAACCAAAACUAAAUCCAUUGCCAUCAAGUCAAUUCUGACUCAUAGUGACCAUAUAGGACAGAAUAGAACCGCCCCAUAGGGUUUCCAAGAACAGCUGGUGGAUUCGAACUGCAGACCUUUUGGUUAGAAGCCAUAUCUCUUAACCACUGCACCACCAGAGCUCUGUAUUUUACACCAGUAUUUCUAAAUUAUUUUUUGUAAAUGCGACUGUGAUUUUCUUUUCUUUUUUUCUUUUGUUUUAGGUUUAAGUUUACAGAGCAAAUUAGUUUCUCAUUAAACAAUACACAAAUUGUUUUAUGACAUUGAUUGCCAACCCCAAGAUGUGUCAACUCUCUCCCCUUCUCCACCCCGGGGUCCCUGUUUCCAUUCACUGGUUUUCCUGCCCCUUCCUGAGUUCUCAUCUUUACUUUUGGACUGGUGUGCUCAUUUAGUCUUGUAUACGUGAUUUAACUAUGAUACACAUUCCUCAUGUCUGUUAUUGUUUGCCCUGUGGACCUGUGAACCUCGAGAGUGACUUCAGUACUGAGUUAAAAGUGUCUCCGGGGCACAUACUCUUGGGGUUCCUCCGGUCUUUGUCAGACCAGCAAGUCUGAUCUUUGUAUGUAUGAAUUUGAAUUUUGGUCUACAUUUUUCUCCUGCUCUGUCUGGGACCCUCCGUUGUGAUCACUGUCAGAGCAGUCGGUGGUAGUAGCUGUGUAACAUCUGGUUGUGCUGGGCUUAGGUUGGCGAAGGUUGAGGUAGUUGUCGCCCAUUAGUCCUUUGGACUAAUCUUUCCCUUAUAUCUUUGGUUUUCUUCAUUCUUCCUCGCUCCAGACAGGGCGGGACCAGUGGAUUAUCUUAAAUGGCCACUGAAAAGCUUUUAAGACCCCAGACACCACUCACUACUGUCAGAUGUAGAACAUUUUCUUUAUAAACUAUGUUAUGGCAGUUGAGCUAGCUGUCCCCCAAGACCAUGGUUCCCAGCCCUCAGUCCAGUAACUCAGUCCCUCUGGGAGUUUGGAUGUGUCUGUGAAGUUUCUAUGACUUAAACAUGAAUUAUAUAGUGAACAAAAAUGUUUGGGCCAUAGUGGGCUGAGUUCCCAGUGAUACAAUGAGAGAUUCUUCAUUCUUCUCUGUUUUAAAAUUAGUGGAAGAUAAUAAUUGUAUCUUAACCCUUUAUACAAUAUGCCAGAGAUUACAGAGAAAAUACAGUUUCAUUUAAAUUUUUUAUUUGGUGUAACAAUACUCUUUAAGUACAUAAUGUCAUACAGAAGCUAGCAGUGUCGUCUAUCUUCCAUGCCCUCUGUCAGGCUACACUUAUAUCAUCUCUGAGAGGUAAGAAUGUUUCUGUUUUUAAAGAUUUCCAGGGAGCAGAUUAUAUCGCUUACUUGUCAAAUGUUUCAACUGUAAUACCGCUAUAAAGCUUUUUGGAAAGUCAUGUAAUGUUUAUCCUAAAUCAUUCACAAUAUAGGGAACUCUCAAUUAUGUUCUCUAAGGAAGGGGAAAUUUCUCAUGGGUAAUACAGAGUCAGAUCAUCCUCCCAGGGCUUUCCUUUAUCCCUGCAAUGAAAUACCCUGACAGAGAUAAGGAGUUGCAGAGCACUGACAGCCAGGCUCUAGGAAAGUCUUGGGAGGAUAAUGUUGGCAAAAUCACUUUUCUCUUUACCCUUUGAUGCCUUCUAAAAUUUCACUCAAAAGGUAACAAUGAGAUUGAAAAAAAAGCUUAACUGAAAAGUAGUCUUUUAAGCCACUUCAAAUCCUUUAUACAAAGAAGUAGAACAUAAAUAACUAAAAAUAAUCUUUAUCUAAAAUAUGUUUUUAUGGUAGAUUCUUAGUAACUAUUUGUUGAGCAAAUAAGAAAUAAGAUUUUCUAACUGCUGGGUUUUCUAUAGAAUUUCAGUCAUAAAUCAGUAGAUACUUAUCAAGCCCCUCUGUGUAAAGCACUGUGGUAGACAAUACUGUAGAAACUAAAAACAAUCUUUUUUUUUUUUUAAUUUCCAUUCCACUUGGAAGAAUGAAUAUGUGUGUGUGUACAUAUAUAUGCAUGUAUACAAAUAUAAAAAACUAUUAUAUAAAAAAACUAAUUAGCAUAAUACAGGAUUGCUUAAUGUCUGGUACAUAAAAUAAAUAGCAAAAGGGUUUGAUGUGGGAAGAGAGCCCUAUGGAUUAAAUGAACUGGGAAGGAGGAAUGGAAAGAAGUGGCGCAUGGAUAGAGUCUUGAAUAGACAGGGUUUUAAUGGGGGAAAAAAAGGAUACACGAAAUGGCAUACACAUGAGCCUAAAGGUAAUAUAGUUUGUGAGAAAUGGUUUAUGAGAAAAGGAAAACAUAAUGGAAGCUGGGGGUUCCUAUUGGAGGUAAAGUUGGAAAGAUAUAUUAAACUAAAUUUUAGAGGACUUUGAAUGCUAUUCUCAGGAAUUUGUACCCUUUUUUGUCCAGUAGCAGAGAAACACUGAAAAUUAUUACUCAGAGCAGCAAAUUAUUAAAGUGGCAUUUUAGAAAGAAAAAUCUGCUAGUGAUCUGUGGGUUAGAGAAGAAAACCACUAUAAUAAUUGAGCACUUCUAUGUGCAAAUUAUGGAUAACAUUGUGAAGAAUGGGAAUUCCAGGACACUUAAUUGUGCUCAUGCAGAACCUAUACAUAGACCAAGAGGUAGUCGUUCGAACAGGACAAGGAGAUGCCGGGUGGUUUAAAGUCAGAAAAGAUGUGUGUCAGGGAUGUAUCUUUCACCAUACUUAUUCAGUCUGUAUGCUGAGCAAAUAAUCCAAGAAGCUGGACUACACAGAGAUUGGAGGAAUUGAAGGAUCGGAGGAAGACUCAUUAACAACCUGCAGUAUGCAGAUGACACAACCUUGCUUGCUGAAAGUGAAGAGGACUUGGAGUAUUUACUGAUGAAGAUCAGUAUGGAUUACACCUCAACAUAAAGAAAAAAAAAUCCUCGUAACUGGACCAGCAAGCAACGUCAUGAUAAACAGAAGAUUGAAGUUGUCAAGGAUUUCAUUUUACUUGGAUCCACAAUCUACACCCAAUGCAUUGCAGUGGUCAAAUCAGCUGCAAAAGACCUCUUUAAAGUGUUAAAAAGCAAAGAUGUCACUUUGAGGACUAAGGUGAACCUGACCAAGCUGUGGUAUUUUCAGCUACCUUAUAUGCAUGCAAAAGCUGGACAAUAAAUAAGGAAGACCAAAAAAGAAUUGAUGCCUUUGAAUUAUAAUGUUAGCAAAGAAUAUUAAAAAUACCAUGAACUACCAGAAAAACGAAUAAAUCUUUCUUGAAAGAAGUACAGGCAGAAUGCUCCUUAAAAGCAAGGAUGGUGAGACUUCAUCUCACUUCUUUGGACAUGGUCUCAGGAGCGACCAGUCCCUGGAGAAGGACAUCAUGCUUGGUAAAGUCAGCAGAACAUAGGAAGACCCUCAAUGAGAUGAACUGACACAAUGGUUGCAACAAUGGGCUCAAACAUAGCAACGAUUGUGAGGAUGGUGCAGGACUAGGCAGCGUUUUGUUCUGUUGUACAUAGGGUUGCUAUGAGUCAGAAGUGAAUCUAUGGCACCAACAACAAAAACAACAACAUGGGCCCUGUGCUAGCUUCCCUUGGGAGUUUUCUCUUAAGCUUGCUAUGUUCAACAACAGAAUAACAGUGGCUAGCUAUAAAUAUGAUCACUGCUUUCAUUUUACUUCAUCUUAAUAGUACUUACAGAUUAUUUCUCAUCAGCAUAAAAGCACUAAAUUUUACCUGUAAUUACAUUUGGCCUGGAAGACUGGCCGCUUUAGUGGUUUUGUUUUUUGUUUAUAUAUAUGUAUGUAUGUGUAUAUUUUGUUGUUGUUGUUGGGAAUAUACACAACAGAACAUAUACCAGUUCAACAAUUGAUGCAGUAACACUGAUUACAUUCUUUGAAUUAUGAAACCCUCCAUUCUGAGCUGUUCCUCCCCUGCUAACAUGAACUCACUGCCCCUAAUGUUCCUAUCUAGUCUUUCAAGUUGCUGUUGUCAGUUUGGUCCCGUAUAGAUAGAUUUUGAAUAGCAUAAUGCUGAAGGCAGACAUUUUUUACUAGUUAAGCUAAACUAUUGUUUGGUUUUAAGAAGACUUCAGGAGAUAUUUUUGGUUUAAGGUUUAAAGAUUAUCUCAGCACAGUAGUUUCAGGGUUCAUCCAACCUCCAUAGCUCCAGAAAUUAUGAAUUCCAUGAAAAUUUGAAAUUCUCUUCUGCGUUUUCUCCCUUUUGACUAGGAUUCUUUUAUAGAAUCUUUGAUCAAAAUGUUCAGUGAUGGUAACUAAGCACCAUCCAAUUCUGGUCUCAUGGUAAAGGAGGCAAGUAGCCACAUACUUUAUUUCCUCCCCCUAUUCCUGAUUCUCUUUCUUCCUAUGUUUCACGUGAAUAAAGACCAAAUAUUGUACCUUAGAUGACCACUCACAUGCUUUUAAGACCCCAAGCACUACACAACAAACUAGGAGGUAGAAUAGAAGCACUAAACACAUUGUUAGGCCAAUUAACUGGGAGGUCUUAUGAAACCAUGACCCUAAACCUCCAAACCAAGGAACAAAAUCCCAUGAAGUUUUUGAUUGUACAUAACUACUCUUUUUUUUUUUUUUUCCUUAUUUUAAAUGUAUCACCCAACUUUUGCAAGUUCAACUUUUUAUAAGUAUACAACUUAAGGGUUGUAUGUUUUUGUGUGUUUGGUGGCCAUUUGAAUGUCCUCUUUGGCGAAAUGUCAUUUCAAGUCCUUUGCACAUUUUAUGGUUAGAUUAUUUAUCUUUUUGUUAUUAAGUAAUCUAAGUUUUAUAUAUUUUUUGGUUAUUAGAUUUGUAUCAGAUAUAUGGUUUCUGAAGAUUCUUUCCCAGUUUGUAGCUUGUCUUUUCAUCUUUUUUUAAGUCUUUUGAUGAACAAGAAAUUUUUAAUUUUUAUGAGGUCUCAUUUAUCUAUUUUGUCUUUUGCUCUUUGUGCUUUUGUUGUUAUGUUACAUAACUCAUUGUUAAAAGCUAGGCCCAGCAUUGUUGCCGCUGCAUUUUCUUCUGAGAAUUUUAUGGUUUUUGUUUUCACAUUUAAGUCUUUAUCCCUUUUUUAAUUUGUUUUUGGUUAUGAUGUGAGGCAUGAAUCCUGUUUCACUUUUUUGCAUGUGGAAAUCCAGUUUUCCCAGCACCAUUUAUUGAAGAGACUCUUCUUUCCCAAUCAAAAACCAGUUGACCAUAGAUGUGUGUGUUUAUUUCUGGAUUCUUGAUUCUGUUCCAUUCAUCUGUGUGUCUAUUGUUAUACAGUACCAGGCAGUUUUGUUUCCUGUAGCUGUAUAAUAUGUUUUAAAAUCAAGAAGUGUGAGUCUUCCUACUUUGUUCUGCUCUUCCAACAUGGCUUUAGCUAUCCAGGGCCUCUUGCUAUUCCAUAUAAAGUUGAGGAUUUGUUUUUCCAUUUCUGUAAAGAAGGCUGUUUGAAUUUUGAUUGGGGUUGCAUUCAAUUUAUAGAUCACUUUGGGUAGUGUUUACAUCUUAACAGUAUCAUCUUCCAAUCUAUGAACAUGGAACAUCUUUCCAGUUUCUAAGUCUUCUUUAAUCUCUUUCAGUAGUGUUUUAUAAUUUUCAUAAUAUAAGACUUUCACAUCCCUGGUUAAAUUUUUUCCUAGUUAUUUAUUCUCUUAGAUGCUGUAGUAAAUGGAGUCAUUUCCCUAACUUCUGUUUCGGAUUUCUCAUUGCUGGUGUAUAGAAAUGGUUUUUGUUUGUUGACCUUGUAUCCUACAACUUUGCUAAAUUGCCGUAUUAGCUGUAGAAGCUUUCUUGAGGACUCUUUGGAAUUCUCUCUCUCUUUUGGUGUAUAUUUAUAGGAUCAUGUCAUCCAUGAAUAGAGAUAAUUUUACUUCUUUUCCAACCUGAAUACCUUUUAUUUCUUUUCUUGUCUUAUUGCUGUGGUGAGGAUUUCUAAUACAACAUUGAAUAGAAGUGGUGAGAGUGGGCACCCUUGUCUUGCUCCCGAUUUUAAGGGUAAAGCUUUCAAUCCUUCCCUAUUAAGUGUAAUGUUGACUUUUGGCUUUCAUAUAUGCCCUGGAAUAUAUUGAUGAACUUCCAUUGUAUUCCAGUCUUCUUUAGGGUUUUCACCAAGAAAGGUGCUGGAUUUUAUCACAUGCUUUUUCUGUAUCCAUAGAGAUGAUCAUGUGUUUCUUUUCCUUUGUUGCAUUGACGUGGCGUAUUAUGUUGAUUGAUUUUUUAAUGUUGAACCAUCCCUGCAUUCCUGGAAUAAAUCCCACUUGGUCAUUUUCUUAGGCUGGGUUCUCCAGAGAAGCAAAAUCAGCAAAGCAUAUAUAUAUAUAUAUGUAUAUAUAUAUAUAUAUUUUUAUAUAUAUAUAUAUAUACACAUAUGUGAGAUUUAUAUCAAGGAAAUGGCUCACAUGGCCUCUAGAGGCUGUACAUCUCAAGUCCAUGAGGCAGGGAAGAGUAUUCUCCUGAUCCACAUAGCCUCAGGGGCUGGUGAACCCAAGGUCAGCAGGCCAGGAGCAGUGCCACUGCAGGCCAUGAAGAUCCACGAAUCUCAAGAUGUGCAGCCCAAGUCCCAAGAACAGGAGGCCAGAUAAACAGGAGCAAGCUGCAAGAUCCGGAACAAACAAAAGUCCUGGCAAGACGAGCAGAAGGAAGUAGGCAGAGGAGGGGGGAGAGAUGAAGGCUGAGGGUGUGAUGAGCCACCACAGCCCCUGCCCCCCACAGGUACCACUCAGCAGAUUCCAUCAUGGGGGUGAUCACGUAUCAGAUUUCAACAGGGAAGUGAUCACAACAUUAUACCACUGUCAAAACACUGAGAAUCAUGGCCCAGCCAAAUUGACACACAAUCUUAAGCAUCACCACAGUCAUGGUAUAAACCCUAUGUGACUCUUUUAAUACACUGUUGGAUCCUGUUAUCUAGUAUUUUGUUGAGAAUUUUUUUCAUCUGUAUUCAUAGGGGAUAUUGGCCUGUAGUUUUCUUGUGGUAUCUUGGUAUCAGGGUUAUGUUUGCCUCAUAGAAUGAAUUAGAGAGUAUUCCUUCUCUGUCUUUUGGAACUCUAAAGAGGGUUAGUGUCAGUUCUUUCCUAAAUAUUUGGUAGAAUUCCCCGGUAAAGCCACAUGGUCCAAGACUUUUUGUUGGUACAUUAUUGAUCACUGAUUCAAUCUCUUCACUUGUUAUGCAUCUGUUGGGAUUUUGUAUUUCCUCUUGAGUCAGUUUGGAUAGGUUGUGUGCUUCUAAGAAUUUGUCUACUUCAUCUAGGUUAUCUAGUUUGUUGCCGUACUUUGUUCAUAGUAUUGUCAUAAUUCUUUUAUUUCUAUUGGAUCAGUUGUACUUUCUUCUAUUUAAUUUCUUAUUUUGGUUAUUUGCCUUACAGUCUAGCUAAAGGUUUGUCAAUUUUGUUGAUCUUUUCAAAGAACCAACUUCUGGUUUUGUUGAUUCUCUCUUUGUUUUUCUGUUUUCAAUUUUAUUUAUUUCUGCUCUGAUGUUUGUUAUUUCCUUUCUUCUGGUAGGUUUAGGCUUAGUUUUCCCUUCUCUUUCUAGCUCUUCUAGUUGUAGAGUUAGGUUUUUGAUUGGCGAUAUUUCUUGUUUUUUCGUGUAGGCAUUUAUUGCUGUAAGUUUCCAUUUGAGUACUGCUUCACUGCAUCCUAUAAAUUUUGGUAUUUGUACUUCCAUUUCCAUUUGACUGUGAGAAAUUUGAGAUUUCUCUUUUGAUUUCUUCCUUGACCCAUUGGUAAUUUAAUAGUGUGUUGUUUAAUUUCCAUACGUUUGUAUAUUUUCCAGGUUUUUUUUUUUUUUUCUGUUAAUUAAUUUCUAGCUGUACUCCAUUGUGGUCAAAGAAAAUACUUUGUAUGAUUUCAGUCUUUUUAAAUUUAUCAAGUAAGAUUUGCUGUGUGACCUAUCCUGAAGAAUGAUCUAUAUGCACUGAAGUAGAAUGUAUAUUGUUGUUGGGUGGAAUGGUCUAUAUAUGUCUGUUAAGACUAGUUUGUUCAUAGUGCCAUUCAGGUCCUCUGUUUCCUUGUCCAUCUUCUUUCUAGAUGUUCUAUCCAAAAUUGAAUGUGGUGCUUUGAAGCCUUCAACUAUUACUGUAGUGCUAUCUGUUUCUCACUUCAGUUCUAUCAGUAUUUGCUUUAUAUAUUUAGGUGCUUUCCUAUGUUGGGUACAAAUAUAUUUAUGAUUGUUAAAUCUUCUUGAUGAAUUGACCCUUUUAUCACUAUAUAAUGCCCAGCUUUAUCUCCUUUAACUGACUUUGUCUUAACAUCUACUUUAUCUAAUCUGAAGGUUGCCACCCUAGCUCUCUUUUGAUUAUUAUUUUCAUGGAUU